GUGCUACUCAUAUCCAUCGCAUACUGUUGUGUUUUUCAUGAAUUCGUUGCUCUCAGUAUUUUUAUAAUUUUGAAUGUGGUUCUAGCGCUAGCUGCUGCAAUAGUGUUAAUCGCUGUCAAUCUGAAACGCUUAGAUUUAACAGCGUUUACGGCAGUCGUAUUUCUCGCAGUGCUCAUUGCAUUCAUAGGACUCCUAUCCAUGCUUCUCUCCGUUCUGCGUGUCCCAUUCUCU